AAGGCCCAUGGGCCAAGUCCAAAGAGAUGAAAGGAAGUUCCUUGAAGACACAGCAAACAAUUAGCAAGCAAACAAGCGCGAAAAGUGGCCUGACCAGUUAACAAAACGGUAACCGGUAAGAGCACAACACACACACAUACAAAAAGCAAAACGAAACGCACAGUUACAGUCACUCACACACAUCAAUCAACACCUUUUCCUCUUCCACCACCAUUAUAGCCAUCACCAAACCAAAACCCUCGCCGUCCCUUUCUCUUCCGCCACCGCAUUCCGCCAUCAUCUCCGCCGCGAUGCUCCCUCCUCCUCCUCCUUCUUUCUUCUCAGUUUCAUCAGUCCCUCCACCAUAAAACAAUCUUCACAUAUUCAAUUCCUGUUUUCUCCAGAGAAUCUCUGAUACCGUAAAUUCAACUUCCGCAUCAAACUCUGCGCAAUUUCGCUUGCCGUCGUUUACUCUCACCGGAACCUCGAUUCUCGCGCUCUGCUAACCACUCCUUCUCUUUCGCUUUACCAAUUCCGGUGAAUCAACCGUCACUCUCUACUCCAAUUCUGCAAUGCCGGCAUAGUAGAAUUGAAUCGGAAUUUUCAUUUUACUAUUACAAUUUUUGCAGAAAUUUGAGAAGAAUCGAUCGAGAACAGAAUCGAAAAUGCUCACGUGCAUAGCGCGUCCAAAGAAACCCGGGAACGAACCCGAAGAUUCCGAUCCAAACAACGCCGCGAAAAAUCAAGCCGUGAAAUCCCUAACUUCUCAGAUUAAGGAUAUGGCGUUGAAGGCUUCAGGAGCGUACAAGCAUUGCGCCCCCUGCACGGGGCCGGCGACGCAGGGUCGGGUUGAAUCCGACGCGGACUCAGACCGGUUCCGGUGGUCUUACCGGAGAACAGGGAGUUCGAGCUCGACGACGACGACGAGGGGGGCGUGGGGGAAGGAGAUGGAGGCGAGGCUGAAGGGGAUAUCAAGCGGGGAGGGGACGCCGAAUUCCGCCAGCGGGCGGCGGACGGAGCCGGUGGCGGUGCUGUUCGUGGAGGAGAACGAGCCGAAGGAGUGGGUGGCGCAGGUGGAGCCGGGAGUUCUGAUCACGUUUGUCUCAUUGCCGCGUGGCGGGAACGAUCUGAAGCGUAUACGGUUCAGUCGAGAGAUGUUCAACAAAUGGCAAGCUCAGAAGUGGUGGGCUGAGAACUAUGACAAGGUUAUGGAACUUUACAAUGUUCAAAGGUUAAGCCGGCAAGCGUUCCCUCUUCCAACGCCACCAAGGUCUGAAGAUGAGAGCUCAAAGCUUGAAUCAGCAGAAGACAGCCCUGUAACACCACCACUAACCAAGGAACGGCUACCUCGUACUAUUCACCGUCCAACCGGGAUGGGAAUGGGAUACUCAUCCUCAGAUUCCUUUGAUCAACAUUCAAUGCAGUCCCGGCAUUUCUAUGACGUGAACUCAACCCCAAAAGUCUCCACCAUUAGUGCGGCCAAGACGGAGAUAUCAUCAAUAAUGGAUGCUUCUACUAUAAGAAGUAGCUCAUCCAGAGAUGCUGAUCGCUCAGCAGAUUUAUCAAUCAGCAAUGCUAGUGACUUGGAGACUGAAUGGGUUGAGCAGGAUGAGCCUGGUGUUUACAUCACCAUCAGAGCAUUGCCAGGUGGUAAGAGGGAGCUCAGACGAGUCCGGUUCAGCCGAGAAAAAUUUGGGGAGAUGCAUGCUAGAGUAUGGUGGGAGGAGAACCGCGCCAGAAUACAUGAACAAUACUUGUGAGAUUUUGAAAAAGAGGGUGGCUGCGGAUGCUUUAUACAAUUUGGAGGUGAUGUUGCUUAUUAAACUGUUCCAUAUUUGGUUCUCUAUACUACUAAGUCUCUUUAUAGCUCUAGGUGAGGAUGUUAGAAGAGGUGCUACUUGCACCUUCCCCUGUUUUGGUCUAAUUUGCAUCUCAAUUGGCAUUUCUCCUCGCGUCUUUGUGCGAUGGGUUCAGGUUAUUCUCUUGGAUGUGGGUGGUAAAUAUAGUUUCUAGUAGUUUAAGAUAUUGGUGAAUCAAGAGCAGCAAUUGUUUGCUGAAAAGCUUAAAGGAUUGGUGGGUGUAAAUUCUAUUACUAUUCAAAUUGGAUACAGAGUAUGAACUUAACUUCCCUUA